UGUCACUCUCACUGGUUUCAACCGUGCAAGCACUACUAUCCUUUAUAAACUGAUAAGAUGGCUACUCAGAGUCAGGUGCUGCUGGAAUACCUGCCCAAGUCCGAAGGCCUUUUGCCUAAAUGGCAGCUCGUAGUCGCCACAGUUGCUGUGUUCAACACUAUUCAGAACUUUGCGACACUAAAGCUGACUCGCAGGCUCUAUACUGGCGUUCCAUCUGCCUCAAUAACAGCACUCCAGGCUCGCACGUUUGCAGUUUGGACAUUGACAUCAGCGGUCAUACGGGGAUAUGCUGCGUACAAUAUCAACAACAAAACGAUUUAUGACAUGGCUCUCCUCACGUACCUUAUCGCAUUUGGGCACUUCACCUCUGAGAUUUGCUUCUUCCGCACAGCUAAAAUCAAUCUACCUGUCCUGAGCCCUGUGAUUGUCUCUACUGCAUCACUGAUUUGGAUGUUGAGACAGUAUGAUUUCUAUGUCGCACCUUAAUCUGACUAUAUAUGGCGAAUACCGAGGUCCAUAUCAAUGCCAUGUGUCUGUUAUGCACAAUGCAAAUUCAAUUGUUACACAAACCAGUGAAUUAUGU